GCAGUUAUGCUGGUUGUGUAUAUAUAAGGACGCACGCUGAAAGUAAUGGUUAACUGUAGCGGACUUUGGAUGCUGCCGUCCCCAACCUCCACGCCGGUGUACAAGGUCUGUGUUUUGAGUAGUAACGUCGCCGCCGCCGUUAAAUCACUGUUGUUGUUAUCUGGAUAAAGAGGAAUGCAGCGGCCACCGGGCUCCACCUCUCUGUAAAGCCCGCUCGAUGAACAUGAACUCCAUUUCUACCACAGAACCGUGUUUGUUAUCUUAAAAAAAAAGCCGACGGUACCGACGGGCCGGACGGUGCUGAGUCAGACACCGUCAGGGCGAAACCCCUCCGGAGAAACUCCCUGACCGGAGACGUGGGUCAAGAGUUCCUGAUCCACAACAAGUUUCUCUUCUACCUGUUCACGUUUGGGACUGAGCUGGGCAACGAGAUGUUCUUCAUCAUCUUCUUCCCCUUUCUCUUCUGGAACAUCGACGCCCUGGUCAGCCGGAGACUCAUCGUCGUCUGGGCCUGGAACCUGUUCGUGGGACAGUCCACCAAGGACAUGGUCCGCUGGUCCCGGCCGGCGUCCCCUCCCGUGGUGAAGGUGGAGGUCUUCUACAACUCCGAGUACAGCAUGCCGUCCACACACGCCAUGACCGGGACCGCCAUACCCUUCUGUGUGUUCAUGCUGACCUACGGGCGGUGGCAGUACCCCUUCCUCUUUGGCUUUAGUGUGGCUCUCAGCUGGAGUGUCCUGGUCUGUGUAAGCAGAGUCUAUAUGGGGAUGCAUUCUGUUCUGGAGGUAAUCACUGGCUUCCUCUACAGCCUUCUUAUUCUAGCCUUCUUCCAGCCAAUUCUGGGCAAGAUCGACACCUUCUACAUGAUGGACCACUACGCUCCACUUGUGAUCAUUGUGUCACAUGUGAGCUUCGGACUUGUGGCUUUCUCUCUGGAUUCCUGGAGCACCUCUCGGGGUGACACUGCUCAGGCUCUGGGCACCGGGGCAGGAGCUGCUUUGGCUACCCAUGUGAACUAUCAGCUGGGGCUGCUGCUGGAUCCACCUCUGUCUUCACUUCCUCUAACUUUACCAACAAUCAGCACUAGCUUGGUGGUUCUCUCCCUGCUGCGCUUCCUGGUCGGAGUCGCUGUCCUCCUCGUCACGAGAAUGGUUAUGAAAGCAGUGACUAUUCCGUUCUUAUGUCGACUGUUCGGGCUGCCUUCAGAUGAUGUAAGACAGGCGAGGCAGCACAUGAAAGUAGAGUUGCCGUACCGUUACAUUGUCUACAGUGUUGUUGGCUUUAGUUGUGUCUGUGUGGUGCCUCUCUUCUUUAGGAUCUUAAACCUUGCCUGAGUGUUGUGUGCAAACUGUCAUUUACUGCUGACAUGUUCACCACCAUGGUGACUGCAGGCUACACUUGGAAACAUGCUGCUUGUUUUGACACAAAAUAAAAACUGUUGUUUCUGCACAGCAGAAACUAAUUUGAAGGACAAAUGUGGUGAUAUUCAUUGUUUUUAUUGUCAAUAUUCCUCUAUGCCUGAAAGCUCCAUUGUUGUCCAAAAACUAUUAAAAACAAAUCAGUGAGCCACACUGUUGCACUGGGUGACAUGUUUCUUCAUUAUGAUGAGCAUGAGUGCUGUAUUACUGUUAUUUUGAGUUACAUCGAAUAUGUAUCAAUCUGUGGCUGAAAAUAGUCUGCAACAAAUACAGUAUUAUUUAAUACUGUUUGAGUAUCAGUGGCUAAAAAAUACAGUGUCCUGCUGAUUUAAGGAAAAAAAUAAUAUAUUUGUGAACCAUUUUUAAAGAUUUACGUCCUCACUGGGAACCAGUGACCAGACUGGAGGAAGUUGUAAAGUAUUAGAGACAGGUUAAUGUGUUGGUUUUGGUCUUUUUGUGGGAUUUGUUGACAAUAACAGCAAUAUAGAAGAUCACCGGCCUUAUCCUUUAAAGAUGCACCUGUGGUCGACACAUAAGUGUUUACUAGAAUUUUGCAAAUACAGAAUCUCAGAUGUACUGUAAUAAUGCUUGCAUUCACUAAUAAGAAAUCUAUUGUACAUUUCCAUCCUUUGAUCAACAUAUAUGACCAUAUGUUAUUGAACUGAAUUCCAUGCUCUUAAAAAUAAACCAAACCAUGAAUCAGCAACGUGUGAAAUCACUUCACUUCUCAUUUGUUGCCGUGUUUUAAAUCAAAUCAGCCUGGAAGCAUUAGCUCACAGGUGUUGGGAUAGUUACGUGAUUUUUAUUUAAAUCUGGAAGGCUCAUGCUUUUCCCUGUCUGAGCAGGUCUGUCGUGUCAUUACAGUUCUUCUAUGUUACCAUAGUCGGCACCUCGUCACCUCCUUUUUGUACAUUUAUGUGUUUUAUUUUCCAAAGCGUUUAUAAUUUUGAUCCAAAUGUAAGUGAAUUAUUCUCUGAUUAAUCAUUUUAAAGCAUAACAUUCAAAUAACAGAUAUUUUUGAUAACGUAUUUUGCCAUCUUUACUAACUUGGGCUGAAUUGUUGAUCCAACAAAUAAAUGGUUAAAAUCUCAA